AUGUGGCCUCUUUUGAAGAUGGCACGACGGCUUCACAGCACUGACGUCAGACCGGGCCUCGUGUUGGUGAAGGGUGGGCGGAUCCUUGACGAGGUCGGCAAAGAGCUGACCCAGAAGCUCCUGGCCUACUCCUCGGUGGAGAUCAUGGCGGCAGGGCGCCAGGGAACAGCCCUGGCCCUGCAGGCCCUGGCUCGCCAUCCGGAUCCGGUGGAGUUCCUGAUCUCCUCAGCCACUGGCGAAGAGCUGGAGGGGGCAGGAUUGCAACCUGCAGGUGAGGAGCCAAAGCAGUCCUCAGCGAGAGUCGGCUUUCGGCUACAGCUCCAUAAGAGCAGCGAAGCACGCAAGGAGAAAGCAGGAUCAUUGCCGGAUCCGGUGAAAGUCUUGCAAGUCAGCCAGCGCAGUAACUCGGACUUCAUUCCGCUCGCCAAAGCUGUUGCGACGGAGCUUCGAUGGAUGCCAGCCGGAGAGGUCCUCGCAGUGGAGAGUCUUCUACUUGGGAAGGCAAAGAACAUCCACACGCGUGUCUACAACCUGGCCCAAGCUGUGGCAGUGGCAUCUGACUGGCAGGUGAACCAUGCAGCCACGGGUGCUCUCCGGCCAUUUCGCUGCAUCGCACAGGAGCGAAAGGUGGCGAUGAAGGUGGACGAUGCUCCUGAAGGAUCCGAAGGCCGACAGUUCGUCGAGCCGACUGCCUUGCGUUUGGUUCUGCUGGCGGACGGCCAGCCCCCACCCCGGCCCGAUGGCAGCGCUGGCGUUCGGCGUGCGCAGAGUACGGACGGCUGA